CUAGAUACGGCCCAGUUCCCCGCCGUCUUCUUCCUUCCUUCCUCUGUCUCUUGUCCUUCGAGCGAUCUCCGUCCGUCCCUUCCAACGGCGUUGGAACAGAGAGGAAGGAAGGAGACCAUGGGAAGUGAAGCGACCAAGUACAGAUGCGUGCAGUGCGGCCAUGGCAUCGGAACGCUGUUCGUCCAGUACUCUCCCGGAAACAUCCGAUUGAUGAAAUGCGAACGUUGCAAAUCAGUGGCUGACGAGUACAUCGAAUGCGAGCUCAUGAUUCUGCUGAUCGAUUUAAUUCUGCACAAGACCAAAGCUUACCGGCAUCUCCUCUACAAUGUGCUUCUCCAAGAAACUGUCGAUUGCGAGGAUGAUUUUGGGAAUGCCGAGCAGGGGCUGCUGUGGAAAUCGGCACUGGGAUUUCUUGCUUUGGAUGCUUACAGGUGUUUGAUAUUAGCGGAAGCAGAAGGAGGAGGCUUACCUUCUUUCACCUGGAUCUGUCGCAAGAUAUUUGCAGAUGUGUUUGUCGGCAAUUUCAUCCUUUUUUCCGUAUUUAUAGUUGGGGUGAGAUCUUCUCUCACCAUCCAAGCUGAAUUAUCCAGGUGGAAGGACCUUAUGCUCGUGAUUCUCAUCUCCAGCUAUUGGAAGAUUUUCCUGUUUGCUAUGAUGAUUUGGGAGUUCCCUUCUUCUGUAGUAUUCAUUGUGGAUGCUUUUGUUUUAUCAUCAAAUGCGAUCGCAUUGAAAGUGAUCACUGAUUCAACCACAAAAAGAUGCAUAAUGGGCUGUUUUGCUGCUCAUGCGGCCAAGUUCUUAGCUACACAGCUUUGGAAGUGGUGCUGCUCUCGAGUGGUCUAAACAUUAGCUGCAAAUCAUUGAGGAUACCUCACACAAUCGUUGGAGGCUGGCUUCUUGUUUACUGGAAGGGAGUAAAACCAAGCGCAGCAACAAAGUAUUCUCUCCACGAGUCGGGGAGAGAAAGUAAUACCCUUCAAGCACGUCCAAUUUGUUAGCAUUUGGACAUGGAACAGGACCGGGGAAGGCGCUCUUCCGAUUCCACUGCUGUGAAUCCAGAACUACCAACGCCUUGGUCAUAUUUGGAAUCAGCAGUCAGACUUGAUUAGCGAGCCAGCGAAGUGAGCGUACAUACAAUACAAUAGCUCAGACAUUGAUUGUUCUGACUUAUUCCUUUCAAAGGGUAUCCAUUGCUGGGACACAGAUGUUAUGUUCGGUUAGCUUCCAUGCGGUAUCUGACGCUCUUGUAAUAUAUAUAAUAUACUACGAGAAAGUCGUGUAUAUUGCGAGAAUAAUAUUUCGUAUGGGUUGUGCUGAA